GGCUCACUUCAGUCAGUCAGAGUCGGUCAGUGCAGUCGAUCUGCGACCACCAUGGUUCGCAGUUGAAUCGUCGCGGCUCGUUCGUAUGGCGUUUGCAGUACCGCAACUUUAGUUUUAUAAAGAAAAUCAUUUACUUGUACUUUAUUUAUGAUUCGUUUGUAAAAGUGUAUCUUGUUUAACUCUUAAAAAUUCACUCGUCGCGAACAUGGCUGUGAGAGAGUGUUGUUGUGAUAAACUGUCGCCUAACAAAAAAUCGAUUUUCGGAUUGAGAAUGAGGAGUCAAAUAUUGUUUUUACUGUUGGCUUCUUGUUUCUUAACCGUGGCCUCUGCCGCUGACUUUGAAGGAACUUGUGCUAAUGUGAAAACCAUCUUUGAAAAGAAUGGAAUGUUGAUGGCGGUAGAUUUGCAAGCACAGCCAAACUCAGAUGCAGACGGGCUAUGUUCAAACCGCGGGUGUUGCGGCGCGGGCGCACGCACGCGGCUGACGCAGGCGGCGCGCACGCAACUCGAGUCGGCGCUAUGGAGCGAGCUCAGCAAGCUCGCUGACACACUCACGAACCGAGCUAUCAAGUUUGAUGAGUUCUUCAGGAGAUUGCUGAAGCAAUCCCGCGAGGAGUUCCACAUGAUGUUCAAGAGGACGUACGGCAUGAUCUACGAACAACACUCCUACGUCUUCGAACAGUUAUUUGAGCAGCUCGAAAGGUACUACACGCGCGGCGACACCAACUUCGACGUGAUGAUGGACGGGUUCUUCAGCAUACUGUACAACAAGAUGUUCACCGUACUCAACUCGCAGUAUGAGUUCGAUGAAAAAUAUCUAAAGUGCGUGAACGAGCACAUGCGCGACAUCCAGCCGUUCGAGGACGUGCCCAACAAGCUGUCGGUGCAGCUGCGCCGCGCUGUGGUGGCCACGCGGACCUUCCACAAAGCGCUGCGAGCUGGAGCCGAUGUCGUUAGGAGCAUGAUGCAGGUGACAGUGACUCCUGAAUGCGUGACAGCCUGGGCUCGCCUGCGGUACUGCGGCAGCUGCGCCGGCCACCAGCCCCCCGCCUGCACGCGCUACUGCCACAACGUGGCGCGCGGCUGUCUGCCCUCGCACGCUGACCUCGGAGACCAGUGGGAUGCUUAUGUCGACGCCGUAGACAAAGUGGCUGACCGUCUACUUGGACCAUUCAACAUUGCUAUGGUAGUCGAACCAAUAGACAUCAAGAUCUCGGAAGCUAUAAUGAGCUUCCAAGAACACAACCGGGAGAUCUCCCAGAAGAUAUUCACGGGCUGCGGCAAGCCAGUGCUCGGAGGAGGCGGUGGCGCCGGACCUUUCUUCGCUCCUGGCAAGACGCGCCGCUCCGUCCGCUCCAUACCUGACUUCGACUGGCCGCAGAGGAUCGAUGACGUCGACGACUUCGAGAUCGAAGGCUCGUUCGAGAGCCUUAUGAACGAGGAUCCCUCUCUAGCCAAUAUGCGGACUCCUGACGGCAUUCGUAAGGCCACAGACGACAUGGCCCAGCAGGCUAAACUCCGGGAGAGGUUCCUGCAGUACAUGCGCGGAAACAUCGACCUGGCGGAGUACGAGGAGCACGAGAGACGGCGGCGAGACGCGGACCCGGAGCCUGCUGCUGCCGGGGGGAUGGAUAUUGACUUCAAAUCCUAUGACUUCGACGAGAAGAAGGGCCCCAAGAAGAAGAAGCCUUCCGUUAAGAGUGAAGAGAGCCGCGGCUCUGACUGGGGCGGUCCGGCGCUGGAGAAGCUGGUCCGCGAGACCCGCGUGCGCAUGCGCAACACGCGGCGCUACUGGAACCACCUCCCCGCGCUGCUGUGCACAUCCACCAGUGUCACCACCUCGCCUUGUUUCAACGGGACUGAUGUCGCUAGCUACACACUAAACGCCGCCAGCGAGGGUACAGCGGGCCUGGCGUCGAACCCCGAGGUCCGCGUGAGCAGCGCCGCGGCCGUGGCCACCGCGCCCGGGUCCUCAGCGCAGGCCGACGCGCUGCGGACACUCACCGCGAGACUGAAGGACGCGUACAACGGAGUCGAGGUGCAGUGGCUCGAUACUGAUACCAAAGACUUGCAAGUGGCCAGUUCGUUCGGUCGCGAGAUUAUCGAGGAGGUGGAGUCCGGCUCGGGCUCCGGAGACUACGGCAAUGGAGACGGCUUGCCUGAUGAUGACGAGGACAGGCUCAACGGUUACGAUGGAGCAUCAGGCGACAGUCCCCUGGACGUGGACGAGGACCAGACAGAGCGCGAGCCCGAGGUGUCCCAGCCGGCGCCGCCGGUGACGGAGGCUCCCUUCGUGCCCAGCAUCGGGGACGUGCCCAACACCAACAACGUGUUCGUGCGCGGCCGCGGCCAGGAGCAGGCCGAGGCCGGGCGCGAGGCGGGCCCCGCGCCGGGCCCCGAGCAGGGCCCCGAGCCCGCGCGGCCCCCCGCGUCCCCCACGCCGCCGCGCGACCAGCCCGUGGCGGGCGCCGCCGACCGGCCCUCGCUGCACAAGGCCCUCCUCACGUACGCGCUCCCCGUCGUCUGCGCGUGGUUCGGAACUAUAGUCACCGACCUCUUCUAA